AUGCGAGUCCAUGUGUUCGGAAACUCUCCGUCUCCAUCAGUUGCAAAUUAUUGUUUACGAAAGGCGGUUUGUAAUCAUGAAGGAGAAGAACAGUGUGACAACGUAUGUAAAUAUGUGAAAGAACACUUCUAUGUUGAUGAUGGACUUCUUUCUAGUGACAGUGAAAAAGACAUUGCUAGUCUUAUAAAAAGAACACAGGAGAGACUAAUGACGGGUGAAUGGGAUGAUCCAUUACCAGAAUAUUUGCUGAAUGAUUGGCAGGUCUGGAAACAAUCCUUAAAGGACUUAGAAACAUUAGAAAUCCGAAGAUCUUUCACUGAAACAUCUUUAGGCGACUGUUCAAAAUGUGAACUCCACAUCUGUUCAGAUGCAUCCAAAGAUGCUAUAGCCUCAGUAGCUUACAUUCGCACAUUCAAUGACAAUGGACAUUCUCAGUUGGGAUUCGUAUUAGGAAAAUCAAAAUUAGCACCUAACCAUGGUCACACCAUACCCAGACUUGAGUUGUGUGCAGCCGUUCUAGCAACAGAACUUGCGUCUUUCAUUCAGAAGACUUUUGAGAUACCUUCAUCUGCCACAUACUUUUAUACAGACAGUCAAGUGGUCCUAGGUUAUCUAUAUAAUGAGACUAGGCUAUUUUACGUGUAUGUCAGCAAUCGAGUUGACCGAAUUCUGAAGGUUUCUACAAAAUUGCAAUGGAACUAUGUGCCAACAAGCUACAAUCCAGCAGAUCAUGGUACAAGACCAUUGGAAGUUAACAGUCUAAGACAAUCAGAAUGGUUAAAAGUUCCAAACGCCUUUUUUGAGUCCCAGAAUUUAUCAGAUAGCACACUGUUUGAAGUCAUAGAACCAGAAGUCGACAAAGAAGUGAGAUCAUUAGUGGAAGUUAAAAAGACAUUUGUUAAGUCAUCGGGUCUAGACAUAAGUUUAUUUGAACAUUUUUCAACAUGGACAAGUCUUGUUAGAGGUAUCGCAUUUCUUAAACGAAAAGCUUCAAUUUGGCACAAAGAUGCGACUGAUGGAAAGAACAGUAAGUCUUGCGUCACCUUUAUGAAGGAGUCUGAGGAGUUGAUUAUAAAGGAGGUACAACAAGACACAUACUAUAAUAAGAUUAGCUGA